UCUUCACAUUGCCCUCAACAAAAAUGGCCGCUUCGGCGGGAGGCGGAACUUUUGUUGACAGCUCCUGAGGCGGUGGGGAGGGUUUCCCGGUUGCACACUUCAUCUCUUCCCAUGUGUUUGUGCUGUAGGGGAGGCAGGCAUGGAUGUGCUGGCUGAGGAGUUUGGGACUCUCACCCAGGAGCAAAUCAUAGCGCCUGUGGAUACUGUGGAGGAAAAAUGGAAAUUACUACCUGCUUUUCUAAAGGUGAAGGGUCUGGUCAAGCAGCACAUAGAUUCAUUCAACUACUUCGUCAAUGUGGAGAUUAAAAAAAUAAUGAAAGCCAAUGAGAAGGUGACGAGUGAUGCCGAUCCCAUGUGGUAUUUAAAGUACCUCAAUAUAUAUGUGGGUGUUCCAGAUGUGGAAGAGAGCUUCAAUGUGACCAGACCAGUAUCGCCGCAUGAGUGUCGUCUCAGAGAUAUGACCUACUCGGCACCAAUUACAGUUGAUAUUGAGUACACAAGGGGCAGCCAAAGGAUUAUCCGAAACGCCUUACCUAUCGGCAGAAUGCCGAUCAUGCUGCGGAGUUCCAACUGUGUUCUCAUGGGCAAGACUCCAGCGGAAUUUGCCAAACUGAAUGAAUGUCCACUGGAUCCAGGAGGUUACUUUAUUGUUAAAGGAGUAGAAAAAGUAAUCUUGAUUCAGGAACAGCUCUCCAAGAACAGGAUUAUCGUGGAGGCUGACAGGAAGGGGGCCGUGGGGGCCUCGGUUACAAGCUCUACCCAUGAGAAGAAAAGCAGAACCAACUUAGUGAUGAAACAGGGACGAUUCUAUCUGAAGCACAAUACCUUGUCAGAAGACAUUCCUAUUGCCAUUAUAUUCAAGGCAAUGGCCGUCGAAAGUGACCAAGAAAUUGUACAAAUGAUUGGGACAGAGGAGCACGUGAUGGCGGCUUUUGGGCCAAGUCUGGAGGAAUGCCAGAAAGCUCAGAUCUUUACCCAGAUGCAGGCUUUAAAGUAUAUUGGCAAUAAAGUCAGAAGGCAGAGGAUGUGGGGCGGAGGAGGACCGAAAAAGUCCAGAGUAGAUGAAGCUCGUGAGCUCCUUGCGUCAACCAUACUGACUCAUGUUCCGGUGAAGGAAUUCAAUUUCAGAGCAAAGUGCAUCUACACUGCGGUGAUGGUCCGGAGGGUGAUCCUGGCCCAGGGAGAAAAUAAAGUUGAUGAUAGAGAUUAUUAUGGAAAUAAGAGAUUGGAGCUGGCAGGACAGCUUCUCUCUCUCCUCUUUGAAGACUUAUUCAAAAAGUUCAACUCCGAGAUGAAGAAGAUCGCCGACCAGGUCAUUCCUAAGCAGAGAGCCGCGCAAUUUGACGUUGUGAAACACAUGCGUCAAGAUCAGAUCACCAAUGGCAUGGUGAAUGCCAUCUCUACGGGAAAUUGGUCACUGAAGAGAUUUAAGAUGGACCGUCAAGGAGUGACGCAGGUGCUAUCUAGGUUGUCUUACAUAUCCGCCUUGGGUAUGAUGACGAGAAUAUCGUCUCAGUUUGAAAAGACGAGAAAAGUCAGUGGCCCCCGAUCCUUGCAGCCUUCUCAGUGGGGUAUGCUGUGCCCUUCUGAUACUCCUGAGGGAGAGGCUUGUGGUUUAGUUAAAAACCUUGCACUUAUGACACACAUCACUACCGAUAUGGAGGAUGGGCCUAUUAUUAAAUUGGCCAGUAACCUUGGAGUGGAAGAUGUCAGUCUGCUGUGUGGCGAAGAGCUGGCUUACUCCAACAUCUUUAUUGUCUUCCUCAAUGGUAAUAUUCUUGGGGUUAUUCGAGACCACCAGAAGUUGGUGAACACUUUCCGAUUGAUGAGGCGAGCGGGUUACAUCAAUGAAUUUGUCUCCAUCUCCACCAACCUGUCGGACAGAUGUGUGUACAUCUCCUCGGAUGGGGGGCGGCUCUGCAGGAGAAUUUUAUCUAUUGUGGAUUAUGUAAGCUUGGAGUGGCUGCAGAGACCUCUGGUUUCAUCACCUUUCACCACGUUUAUCAUUGCUGUACUUGGGUCGAGUACAACUACAUCUGGGACUAUUGGCUACAACCAGAGGAAUAGAAUCGACACGUUAAUGUACUUACUGGCCUAUCCGCAAAGGCCGAUGGUGAAGACAAAGACUAUUGAACUCAUAGACUUUGAGAAGCUUCCAGCCGGACAGAACGCCACAGUGGCCGUGAUGAGUUACAGCGGUUAUGAUAUUGAGGACGCCCUGGUGUUAAAUAAAGCCUCUUUAGAUAGAGGCUUUGGACGUUGCCUUGUGUACAAAAAUGCCAAAUGCACCCUGAAACGCUACAGUAACCAAACGUUUGAUAAAGUGAUGGGACCGAUGCUCGAUGCCACCACGCGCAAGCCCAUCUGGAGGCAUGAAAUUUUAGACGCCGAUGGCAUCUGUUCACCAGGGGAGAAAGUGGAAAACAAACAAGUGCUGGUCAACAAGUCCAUGCCCACUGUCACCCAGACCCCUCUAGAGGGCAGUAAUGUGCCUCAGCAACCACAGUUUAAAGAUGUGCCAGUAACUUACAAAGGCUCCACGGAGUCUUAUAUUGAAAAAGUCAUGAUUUCCUCGAAUGCAGAAGAAGCUUUUCUCAUCAAAAUCCUACUGAGGCAAACACGGAGGCCGGAAAUUGGGGAUAAAUUCAGCAGUCGGCAUGGACAGAAAGGUGUAUGCGGUUUGAUAGUUCAGCAAGAAGAUAUGCCGUUUGCUGAUACAGGGAUUUGCCCCGAUAUCAUCAUGAAUCCUCAUGGUUACCCUUCCCGUAUGACGGUUGGGAAGCUGAUCGAACUCUUGGCCGGAAAGGCCGGGGUCUUGGAUGGCAGAUUUCACUAUGGAACAGCCUUUGGGGGCAGCAAAGUAAAGGAUGUGUGUGAAGACCUGAUACGAUACGGUUAUAAUUACUUGGGGAAAGAUUAUGUAACCUCUGGGAUAACUGGAGAACCUUUGGAGGCUUAUAUUUACUUUGGCCCUGUGUACUACCAGAAGCUGAAGCACAUGGUGCUAGAUAAGAUGCAUGCCCGAGCAAGAGGACCCAGAGCUGUUCUUACAAGGCAGCCCACUGAAGGACGAUCCCGUGAUGGUGGAUUGCGUCUUGGAGAGAUGGAACGUGACUGUUUGAUCGGCUAUGGUGCCAGCAUGCUGCUCCUGGAGAGGCUGAUGAUUUCCAGCGACGCCUUUGAGGUGGAUGUUUGUGGACAGUGCGGAUUACUUGGUUAUUCUGGCUGGUGCCAUUACUGCAAAUCAUCCUGCCACGUAUCUUCCUUGCGGAUCCCCUACGCCUGCAAACUCCUGUUCCAAGAACUACAGUCGAUGAAUAUCAUACCCAGGCUUAAGCUGUCAAGAUACAACGAGUGACCACCUUGUUAAAAAUGAAUAAACCAGGGAGAAGUAAGGAUUAGGAUAGAGACGCCGUGUGGCAGACGCUGAUUUAUUUAUGGGGCGCCCGGUGUUUCUGCGGGGCUGGCUGUGUGCCACAGGUACAGGCGGGCGCGGAUAUCUGGAUUUCGGGAUGGACGAGUUGUACGUCUCGUGGCGCUUUUUUUUUUUUUUUUGUAUUUUAUUUGUAAAAAUGAUAGACGUUCGGAGAACAUUGAGACCCAUGGAUGUGAGGAGAUGUUUUGUAGAUUAUUUACGUUCCUCGCCUGUGCUGAACAUUAAUAAAAUGUGAAA